GUUGUGGAUUGAAAUUACCACCAUUUUUGAAGAAAAUACUUUCUAUCAAGAGAACAGCCUACUCAAAUUAAAAAUCAAGCAGCAAUAAGAAUGAUGCUUUAAAAGCACUUAUUUACCUGAAACUACAUCAAUUAAUAGCGAAGCAAAUUUAAAGGAGACAAUUCAUUUCCCUGCACUAUAUUGGAUAUUUUCAGUUUAGAAUAAUUUCAGAUCUAAUUAGUUACACGUUUCACUGAUCACCGAAUUUUCAUGAAAUUAUCCAUCGUGAAAAAUGUUCGAAGCAGAUGUCGUCAACUCACAGUAUUGAUAAAAUUAUGAGAUAACUAUUUGCUGCCCGCAUCCGGAAAGAAAGAAAGGUGUAUCACCUAUCUGAGACAGGUGUUUUAUCAAAUUUCUGCAUUAAUGUGAAAUAUCUGGGAGCGUAUUUGUGUAGCGAAGCAUAAAGUUCUCGACUACCAAAAAAUCUCUUCAUUAUUUCGGAGAAACUCUUAAUUAAUAUUAAUUAAAAAUAAAACACUUCAUAUAUUUAAACAAAACGUUAUCAUAAAGUUAUAACACAUUUAAUGAGAACUGUAAAUGUAUGCUGAAAUUGAAAUUAUUACUCUUCCUGAAGAGUAAGGCCUGCAGAGUUCUACCGAAUUUUUCAGAAAUUAAGCUAGCAGUGAAACGAAAGAGAACAGUUAACGAAAUGUCUGAUGCGCAUUAAACGAAUCUCGAAUCAUAUAUUAAGGUCUUAACUCAGCAAUCCGACAGACUGGGAUAUUAGCAUAAUAUUCUUGAAGCAAAUCACGUUCUACAAAGUGAGUCUCCUGAUGUUUAUGAAAGCCAAGCUGUGAUGAAUAACACUGCGAAAACUGACAUUAGGGCUAAGGUAAAACUAUGUGGAGUAAUGCUGCGGAUAGUAAGUAAUUAAUGAGGUUUAAUGGCGGCUCAUCCGGGUCUCUGAAGCAGCCGCAGGAAACGUGGAUUCCAAAGUCAAGGAGAAAGGGAGAAAGUAUUACUACCCGCCCCCAGCGCCACAGGAUGUUAGCUUUUUCAAAGUUUGUUUAGCUUCAAAUAGGAAAAAAGAUAUUAACACUUCCGGCUGCAGUUUGCGCGCCACCGGAAGUAUUCGUUCAAAGCUCAUUCACACUCCUUUAAUUUCCUGGCAGCAAAUUGGGUUUGAAAGUCAAUAGAUGUUUCGAGCGCAUUCAGUGAAGUAAAAAGUUUGAUCAAAUAGCUAUGCAUGUCUCUUUGAUCUAUACGAUACUUGCUGAUUGAAUAACAGCAAAACUUUUACACCUCUAAGGAUUAACUUACCUUUGAAAGGUAACAUUAAAUUUCUUCUUGUACUGACAUUAAGUUCUGUGUGUAAAUUUACGCUGUGAUAGUGCUAUGAGUAAUGGUGACUUAAGGAAAUCUGCUUUAAGGGAAAGUUACAUUUAAUUUAUGAAAGCGUAUUUUUGAUCUUUAGAGAGCACUUAUACUGACUCUUUCUCUUCAGUGUAUAUCUAAGGAGUAAACUCUGCAAGUUAACAUCAGAAAACGGUGUAACCAAUCUUAUUUUAUUUAUUGAAAUUUAAUAUGCUAGUAGAUAGCAAAACCACAGAAACUAUGAAAACCUUCGCAAUGCUACUGUCCUGGAUAUUUAGUUUUAUUCUCUUGAAUGUCAAAGACGUUUCCAGCACUUCUGUUCCGUGUCCGAGUUCUUGUUAUUGCGAUGCCACUGGUGACUAUGUGAGUUGUGUAGGAGAUGGGUUAUGGCGAUUUCCGCUGGACAUUCCACCAACUACUAAAAGACUCGAAUUACGAAAUUUUCUGACCACGGAAAUCUCUUCACAAGAUUUUAGCAGCCUAACUGAACUCCAGGAGCUGAAACUUCAACAGUCUCGCAUCGAGACCGUAGAAAAUUCAACUUUUGUAUCGAAUACGAAACUUGAAAAGCUUGAUCUAAGUCAGAAUUCUUUAGCUGUACUCUGUUACUCAGUAUUCAAAGAUCUACGACGUUUGCGUCUCCUAGAUCUGUCAUCUAAUUUCGUGGAAUUCAUAGAAGAAGCUUUCGUGGAAUUAUUAAACCUUGAACAACUCAACAUAAGAGACAAUAAAUUGUCCCAGUUAACAACACGUACUUUUGUGGGACUUCACAAAGUUCAGUACUUAAACUUAGAUGCCAACAAUAUUUCUGCCAUCGAAGUAGGUACGUUUCAGUACCUAACGAAUCUCGCUCAUCUCAUCAUCAGUAACAAUCCCCUCACAACUCUCUCAAGGCUAGAUUUUUUUGGUUCCAGACUUCAGUACAUCGAUAUCUCCCAUGUUGGACUGGACAGAAUUCCUCAGAGCUUAACGAAAUUCGUUCGCGAUCUGCGUUUAGCAAAAAACAACCUCACUCACAUCAGCGCGGGUGAUUUUGAUAGUUAUCCUUAUUUAGGUUUGCUGGUUCUUGAUGACAACUGUGUUAGCGAAAUCGAAAAUGAUGCUCUCGGAAGGCAAGAAUACCUCAUGAGGUUAUGGCUGAACGGUAAUUGUCUCACAAAAGUCCCUCCUAAUCUUCCACCAAGUCUUUUGGCUUUGUAUAUGGAGGAAAACAAACUGACAGAUUUACCAAGUUAUAGUUUCAAAGGCUUGACUCAACUUGAGCAACUAUUUCUUCAGCGCAAUGAAAUUCGGAAUCUAUCGCCGUGUGUAUUUUGUGAUCUGAUCAGUUUAAAAAACUUGGAUCUACAAGCAAAUCAAAUUGAAAAUUUAACUUCCGGCGUGUUCGCAAAUUUGACUCAACUACAAACAUUGGAUUUGUCUCAAAAUAAUCUCAAAAUAAUUGAUGCGCGGUGUUUUGACAGUCUUUCGAAGUUAACUACAUUGCAGAUGUCCAGAGUUCCAACAAACGUUCAAUUAGAUGAAGCGAUGUUUGACGCUCUACACAGUCUCCUAAACUUAGAGGUAUACGAUAGUUCACUACUUGUUCAAACCAUUGUUAAUUCAACGCGCAUGUUGCAUGGUUUGAGAAACGUACAAGAAUUAAAUAUUAUGCAUAAUCGCAUAAUAAAAUUACGAUCUGACUUUCCCUCGUUUUUCCCUGCCCUGAAAGUUAUCAAGAUGAGCGGAAAUUUGUGGCAAUGUGAUAAAGAUAUAAAAUGGCUCUCCAACUGGAUAAGACAAUCCAAUGUUCAGUUUUAUAGCAGUUAUAACAUACGUUGCGCUACACCGCAGAAUAUCCAGUUGAAGCCUUUGAUGAUGCUGACAGACACUGACUUUGAAACGUCAACGAUUGAGUUAGAAGCAACAGUGAGUACAGAAACUACUUCAGUCAUUGUUUCGGUAAAAAGUACUGAGAUUGUAAAUGAAUCUACAGUUCUCUUUAGCUCAUCUGUUACGACAACGCUGUCGUCAUAUAAAAGUAUGAAAAAAGAAAUGAGUUAUGAAGAAACAAUAACACCGUCAGACGUAGCAUCGCAUAUAACAAACGCACUUGAGCCAAAUUCGAUGUCUGCCGAUCCAUACAAAUAUGAAAUUGUAAAUAACGAAGAAAACAGCCAAAUUCCUGCUUAUCUAACUAGUGUUACACCUGAAAGUUAUUCACCAACGAGCUCUCUUCUUGAAAUGCUUUCCACUACUUCUGCAGAAGAUACUACUGUCUCACCAACGCAACCUCAUUACUUAACUCCAGAAAAUACUCAUACUAGCGAAGUCAGUGUUUCACUGACAUCUACAACGAUGAAAACAUUUUCGGAAUUUUCCGAGCUCAGUGACGUAAGUAACAGUUCCGAUGAUUUCAGGAACAAUAGUGUUCAGACAGUAUCUCCACAAAGACGUGUCCUAUCUUCGCGACUUCGAGUUGUAACUGUAACUGGAGAACAAAGUGGUUGGGAUCACACUACUACUAUAGCAGUUUCAGCUGGUCUGGCAGGAGGCUGUUUUUUACUUCUAGCUGGAGUGCUGACGGCAUUUACUGUGUUUCGUCUUCGUCACCGAUAUCAACCAGUCAAGCACAGAAACAUGCGCCGCAGUAGUAGCAUUUCUUAUUAUCCACAGAAAGAUGAAGUCUCCAUUGUGACACUCACCGAAGGAACUGUUGGCUUGAGAACAAAUUCGCAUCACGGUUUGGGAAAUAAGUUAUACUACAUCAUGGAAAACGGCGGAGGAUCGGCCGAUCCAAACAGGGACGCUCUACCUGAUCCACAACUCCAAGAAUUAUUGCCACAUUCUACAACAGAAAACUGUCGUGUUUAUUGAAAACUAUUCGACUAAAAUUCGGAGUCUUGGUCUUAUGAAAUAUAAUCUUCAUUGCAAGAAAAAACUUUUUUGAUCAAACGUUCUAUCAUUAAUCUGUCACCAUAUGGAGACUUUAUGAAGAAGAGUAUUUAAGACUGGUAUUUUUAUACAAACAUAUAUUAUGUAAAACUUGUCCUCUUCUUCAAUACGUUUUUGGGUAGAUAUAAUAUCUAUCCUUUCUUGUAUAAAUGACGUUGAAGCAACAGGUAAAAACUUUAAAUCUCUUUAUGAAAAAAACUACUAGCAACAAAGAGAUUAUGAUUUUAUUCCAUUUUUGUGAGCUUUGUGUAAUAAAAAGUACAUACAUCUGCA